AUGGCCACAGCUACGCCGGGCGAGCAGCAACCAGCUGCGCAGCUCACACCCACCGAAAAAUUCUUCCGCUUCUUCCAGCAUGAAGUUACAGGUCAGACAGCCGGACUCGGGAGCUUGGAACAGGCGCAGCAUGGCUGACUUGGAGACUUCAGACUUGCGACAGUCCAUGGAGCGUAUCAAGGGACUUGGCGCGAUCUACGGCGAGCGUUCAGACGCCAUCGAUCACUGUCGUCAGUCAAUCUCACGCCUGUCCAGCGAAGUCCAGGAUGCCUCCUCCUAUCUCCCCGCUUACGACCAGCGAGCGUACAGCGACACGAUCAAAGCUCUCAAUACAAAGCUACAAGAAGUCCGCGAGGCCGGCGCUCCCCGACAGAAAUUCUCUUUCAACAAAUCCGGCGCCAUGUUCACGGCCAAGAAGAAUGAAUCGGCAAUUAGCCUUAAUGACGCCGCCGAGCUCGCCCGACAGAGGCAGAGGCAGAUAUCCGGUCCCGUAGCUGACAGAUCUAACGACUCCAGCUGUGCAAACACGCCUGCCUCCAACCGGACGCCAGAGCCCGAGAAGGUCGAUGAAGCCGAAGCCCAGGACAGCGGUACCGAGAUCAAUCAACCCGGGAGUGGCGGUCUUUUGGCUCCUGAGACUGCACGCGUCCGAACUCCCUCUUUCUCUGGAAGCAAGUCCGUCACCAUCGGCGACCGCGAAAACGUUCACAUCGUCUUGCCGACAGCCGCCAGCCACGCUACCAGUUCAGCCACCGUAUCAAACCUGAGGCAUUCGGUGGUAGAUAUGUCGCAGCCGACCACUCAGGGACAGCCAUUUGCCACAUUGACUUUGAAGAACAUCAAAUCAUCACUGGUAGUCUGCGGGCAUGUCAGCGGAGCGGCACACCUCACGAACAUCCGAAACUCCGUCAUCGUUGUUGCAUGCCGGCAGUUCCGGAUGCACGAAUCUUCGAAUUGCGACGUAUACCUCCUAUCGACCUCGAGACCUAUCAUCGAAGACUGCUCGGCCAUUCGCUUUGCUCCCCUCCCUAACGCUUACAUGAGGGAAAGCGACAGGGACACGAAGAAUCAGUGGUCCAAUGUCGACGACUUCAAGUGGCUCAGAAACGAGCCGAGUCCACACUGGAGCCCCAUGGAACCCUCGGAACGAAUCGCGGAUAACGUGUGGAAAGACAUCGUACCGGGUGGACCAGAGCUGGGCGUCGAAAAUGUACUGGAGGCCGUCAACGUGCCGAAGUGA